GCCCCCCCACGCUCGGUCCCGGCUCUCAAGGACAGCGGGGCGGCGACGGCCCCAGCGGGGUACCCGCCUGCCCGGCGGGGCGAGGCUUUCCGGGGGCGGGGCUGCCGCUGGGGGCGGGGCUGCCGCUGGGGGCGGGGCCGGUCGCUGGGGGCGGGGCGGGCGGCGGUACCGCGGGACGCAGUGUCGCAGGGAUCCUGCCGAGCCGUGGUCGCCUCCGCCACCAUGGGGCAGAUCGAGUGGGCCAUGUGGGCCAACGAGCAGGCACUGGCCUCCGGCCUGAUCCUCAUCAUGGGGGGCAUCGUGGCCACUGCCGGCCAGUUCACCAAGUGGUACUUUGGCGUGUACUCCAUUGGCGCAGGCGUGUUCGUCUGCCUGCUGGAGUACCCCCGGGGGAAGAGGAGAAAGGGAUCCACCAUGGAGAGAUGUGGACAGAAGUAUAUGACCAAAGUGCUGAAGCUGUUCGGGCCUCUCACCAGGAACUACUACAUCCGGGCCUUCCUGCACCUUGGGCUGUCAGUACCUGCUGGCUUCCUGCUUGCCACCAUCCUGGGGACAGCCUGCCUGGCCAUCGCGAGCAGCAUCUAUCUGCUGGCGGCCGUCCGCGGAGAGCAGUGGAUCCCCAUCGAGCCCAAGCCCAAGGAGCGGCCGCAGGUGGGGGCCACCAUCAAGCAGCCUCCCAGCAACCCCCCACCCCGGCCCCCAGCCGAGGCCCGAAAGAAGCCCAGCGAGGAGGAGGCAGCAGGUGCAGUGGGCGUUUCUGGUGGCCCCCAGGAGAACCCGGUCCCGGUGAUCGACGAGGUCGUGUGACCCCCGUCUCCAGCUGUCCGCCAUGUAGCCCCCAAAAUAAACCAAAGAGAGCAGCCUCCUGACUCUCCGUGUGCACCCCA